AUGAUUCAGAAUGCCAGAGUUGGCGACGCACUGGCCAAAGACGGGCAUAAUGUGGUAAGUAUACACACUAUGGAUGGUUUUUGGGAGAACAGAAGCCUUUCUAUCACUGUUUUUGUAUGGUUUUUUAGACCGUUAUGGAGCUAGAGAUGGAUGAAAAAGCCGGGUCGCUGAAUCAAGUGAAGCAUGCCAAGUUAUGGCCGGUGGUUCAUGAUUGGCCAGAACGCCCGCCAGUGCCGCAUAUGGACGCGGGAAACCCGUUGGACUGGCAACUUCUGAAGAUGGUCACACUACUCAAGAAUUUCUUGGAGCCAUAUGGAACAAGUUGUUCGGGUAAGCAAAUUUGUGAAAAUCUAUGUUAAUAUACAAAUAUACACACAUAAUACAGUUGGGGGAGUCAGUAAAACACAUUUUUUCGAGGCCGAAAACCGAUGUUUAACGAAGAGAAGACAUGACUCAAAUUUUUUUAAAUCUUUAUUUUUAUGAAGAGAAGACAUGACCCAAAAUUCAUAAGACUUUUUCCAGCCCUUCUACGCUCUCAAGACAUCAUGAACCAGAUUCGCGACUCCAAAUUUGAUGUCAUAAUGUUCGAACAAUUCGAUUAUUGCCCAUUCUUUAUCUCUCAUGUGUUGGACAUCAAGGUGAAGGUCUGGAUGUCAAGUUGUCCCGUUCUGGAGCAUCAGGUCAUGUUGUCCGGGAUACCCUCCGCGUACAGCUACAGUCCAAUUGACGGGUACUCGGACAAAAUGAAUUUCUGGCAACGCUUUCUUAACAUGGUGGCUUCCUUCGCUUUUGGAUACAAUUUUAAUUCGUUUUGGGGCAACUUUCAUCAGAAAUUGGUGGAACAGUACGGGUAAGUUGGGAAAAUUUGGAAACAAAUUUUUGUCGGAAGUUCUCGACAUGUGAGGCUCAGAUUUCGUUUGAUUUUGGCGGACGCGUUGCACCUAAAUUUAGCAAAAUUUUAGCUUUCACUUUGCAAAAGCAGUCAAAAUAUUCAACAAUCUUUUUCUACGAGAGAGUAUGCAAAAUUCGGAGAGCGGUCAGAGAACACUUUUCUGGUCCAUAGCUUCGCCAAUUUUUGGUGAAAAAGUAAUUUUUUUUUGUGGAAAAGUUUUCGUUGUAAGCAAAAAUCGGCCCGAAGUUAUUGGUGAUAAAACUCGCAAAAAAUGUAAAAUUUUGGUUUACUUUCAAUCUAAAAAUCUUAGUUUUUCCUUUAAAUCGAGGGCUAAAAAUGUUGCACAUGUUUUGAAAAAUAGUAGUGUACAUUUUUGCCAAGUUUCAUCAAGAUCCAAGCGUUGUGCUUUGAGCACUUUCUAUGUCAGCAAAUUUUGAAUUUUUUUGAGAAUAUUUUUUUGCAUUUUCUUCAAUUUUGAUUAAAAUUGACCUUGUAGAAGUAGUAUUUCUGAAGCCUUCAUUUUCAGUCCCUCCUUCCCGAAUCCGCUUGAUCUGGCGCGGACCGCGGAUCUCCUCCUCAUCAACACCGAUGAGCUUAUCGACUUCCCCCGUGCCCUACCUCCAAAUGUAAUUCAUAUUGGCGGAAUUGGAAUGCAAAACGUCAACACAACUCUGCCAGUCGAAUACGAGAAGUUAAUGCAAAAUGGUCGAAAAGGAGUGAUUUAUUUCUCAUUUGGGAGUAUCGUAUCGACCGAAAAAAUUGGCCAGAAAUAUAUGAAGAAGUUUUUGGAUGCCUUCAAAAAGUUUGAUGAUUACUUUUUCAUUGUCAAGAUUUCCAAUGAAGAUGAGUUCUCCGAAGAGUACGCAAAGACGAUUGAGAAUGUCAAGACGGCUCAUUGGGUGCCACAGCCUGGCGUUUUGGGUGAGUUUUUGGCAUAAUUUGGCUAAAAAUCGCUUUUUAUUUGACGAGGAAAUUGCUGACCGUAUCUCUUUUAAAUUUUGAAUUUUUCAACCACCUAGGGAAUAUUUCAAUUACUAAAAACUUUAGCUCACGCUUUGCAGGGGGAGCUGAGAAACUCAACAAUCUUUGCAGACGAGAGAUUAUGGAGAAAGCGGAGAGAGGGCCAGAAAAAAACUUUUAGGGCCUUUCUUUUGUAAAGCAAAAAAAAUUCAGAAAAAAGAUUGUCUAUGUCAGUUUGCGGUGUCUAAAAAUUUAUGUAGAUAAAUUUUUUUUUGCAAACCAUGACAGUUUCAAAUUUUUGCAAAAUCAAUUUUACACUUUUUUGAGGAUUUGGGUUCUCACGUUUUUUUUGCUUUGACUGCUGAAAGAAUUAUUGCUACUGCAACAGCUUAAUAAAAUCAGUGCUUUUUUUCACAAAAUCCCCAAUGAAAUUGAAAAAAAUUGUUUUUCUCUUCUGCUUUCCGCAUUUCACUCAUUCUCUAACAUGUUAUAACAGACAAAGAACGUUGAAUAGUAUCUCCGUUCUUCCUGCAAAUAACGAAUAAAAUUUUUCAGAAAUCAGCCCAAGGAAUAUUCAAAAUCCGUAGAAAAUUUGAGCCAUUCACUUUGACCACUUUUCUUAUAAAAAAUCACCAUUCUUUAUCAACCAAAUUUCAGCCCAUCCCCGUCUGAGGCUCUUCAUAACUCAUGGCGGAUAUAACGGAAUCAUGGAGGCUUCUCAGUUCGCUGUUCCACUCUUGUCCAUUGGAAUGUUCGGAGAUCAGCCGAGGAAUUCGAAAUUGGUCGAAAGAAAUGGCUGGGGCCUUUCUUUCGACAAAACAUUAUUGCUGCAUGGCACAAAAGAAUUCGAAGAGAGGCUGCGGGAAAUGCUGGAAAAUCCAAAGUAAGUUGACUAAAAUACAUAUAAUAGUAAUUUUGUUUGAAGAAUCAAAAAAAUAGUAUCAGAUUUUUCAAGCCUUGUCAGCCACAAAAAUCAUCAAAAUUUGUGAUUUUUGCCGUCCAAAAAAUUUUCAAAAUUUUUUCACUGAUUUGCAAAUCAAUUCCAGAUACAAAAAGAACGCUUUGAGGACCGCCAAACUGUUGAGAACCAAGCCUCAAACCGGCGAACAGCGAUUACUUUCGUAUAUCAGAUUCCUGGAAGAGAAUGAUGGCCAUCUCCCGGAACUCCGCUCAAUUCUCAGCGAGCUUUCGACCGUCGAGUACUACAACUUAGACGUCUGGCUGGCAAUUGUUGUCGUUGCUACUGCAUUAAUUCUGAUUUUGGGAUCUCUAAUUAUUAUGUUGGCCAAAUACUUAACGAAAUUAGUGAAAAAAGACAAAAUGGAGUGA